AUGACUGCAGAAGCGCAGCAGGCUCUGUCCUCUCAGCCCCCUCCUCCUCCGGUGCAGAGCAGCUACGGCCCCAUGUCCUCCGUGGCCGAGAAGCAGCCGCAGAACUCGGCCAUGGACGCCUCCUCCUCCUCGGCCGCCCCCGGCGGGACGAGCGGCAGCGCUGCGGCCAGCGGGGGGGGUCCGGGCAACGGAGGUCCCAAAACGAAGAAAACCAACGCAGGGAUCCGGCGGCCGGAGAAACCGCCUUAUUCCUACAUCGCCCUCAUCGUCAUGGCCAUCCAGAGCUCGCCUUCCAAACGUCUGACCCUCAGCGAGAUCUACCAAUUCUUGCAAAGCCGUUUCCCUUUUUUCCGAGGUUCCUACCAGGGCUGGAAAAACUCGGUGCGCCACAAUCUCUCCCUCAACGAAUGUUUUAUCAAGCUGCCCAAAGGAUUGGGACGCCCAGGCAAAGGUCACUACUGGACCAUCGACCCAGCCAGCGAGUUCAUGUUCGAGGAGGGCUCGUUUCGCCGCCGCCCCCGAGGGUUCAGGAGGAAAUGCCAAGCCCUGAAGCCCAUGUACAGCAUGAUGAACGGGCUCAGCUUCAACCACCUCCCCGAGAGCUACGGCUUCCAGGGCUCGGCCGGUGGGCUCUCCUGCCCCCCCAACAGCCUCUCCCUCGAAGGGGGCUUGGGGAUGAUGAACGGGCAUUUAUCCAGCAACGUGGAGGGGAUGGGCCUGGCCGGACACUCCGUGCCCCACCUGCCCGCUAAUGGGGGGCACUCCUACAUGGGCAGCUGUACCGGCUCCUCGGCGGGGGAUUACCCGCACCACGAAAGCUCCGUGCCCGCCUCCCCGCUGCUCGCCGGCGGCGGGGUGAUGGAGCCCCACUCGGUUUAUUCCAGCUCGGCCUCGGCUUGGGCUCCCUCGGCUUCGGCAGCCUUAAAUACCGGAGCAUCCUACAUCAAACAGCAGCCCCUCUCGCCCUGCAACCCCACCGCCAACCCGCUCUCUUCCAGCCUUUCCACGCAUUCCCUCGACCAGUCCUACCUACACCAGAACAGCCACAACACCGCCGAGCUGCAAGGCAUCCCGCGGUAUCACUCCCAGUCUCCGAGCAUGUGCGACAGAAAGGAAUUCGUCUUCUCUUUCAACGCCAUGGCCUCUUCCUCCAUGCAUUCAGCGGGCAGCGGCUCCUAUUACCACCAACAAGUGACAUACCAGGACAUCAAACCGUGCGUGAUGUGAUACGGGGCGGAAAAAACACCUCCUGGGGACGACAAGGCCUGACCCGACCACCCCCCCCUCCUCCAGGACCCUUUCUGUGGAAAAGAAGGGGGGGAGGAUGUCUUUAUUCAGGAGGUAUAACCAGGAGCCCCCGAGGAGCGAGAGGGGACCCCAGGAGCGCGGUCCCUGGGGAUGAGCCCACUCCGCAGCUGAGCAUCGGCUGGACCCGACCGCCACCAUGGGUCCUUCAUCACCCACGGUCUCUGCCUUCUUCUGCUUCUUCUAGAGGGGUUGGGUUGAGAAGAAAAGCAGCGCCCUAACCUCC